CCGGCCUGUCUCAGAGCCUUCAAGUGAGUCAGCCACAGGUGAAAUCCCACCUCUAUCUAUUGGCAGACUUGCGUCUUUUCCUGGGCUUCUAUUUCCACAUCUGUGCAAUGGUAACAGUUAUUUAUGGUGGCUGCUGAAUGAGGUAGUGUGUGUUUGAGCAAACCCAGGGGAAUUGUUCAAACAGAGGCUGCUAUGACUAUUGCUAUAGUGACUGCUGUUGUAGUCACGCUGAGUGAGACAAAGAGGUUGAAGAGGGUCAGGGGAGGAGUCCUGGGAAGUUCUCCAGUCACCCUGAAAAACCGGUUCAAUCUCUAUCUGUGCUCCCAUCCCAGGGAGUAUAGGUGGAGCCUCCAGAGCCCAUGGACAGGGCAUACUGGGGCUGGGCCAGCCUCAGUGGUAUCUCUAAGGCACCCUGGGAUCCCCACUGAGCUGGCCUACUUCAGACAGCCAGGGCCCACCCCUCUGGCCCCCUUAGUGUCCAGCUCGUGGCCCCUUGGCAUUUCCACAAGACGCCAAGAUGGAGAUUCCCAUGGGGACCCAGGGCUGCUUCUCAAAGAGCCUUCUGCUCUCAGCCUCAAUCCUGGUCCUCUGGAUGCUCCAAGGCUCCCAGGCAGCCCUCCAUAUCCAGAAGAUUCCAGAGCAGCCUCAAAAGAACCAGGACCUUCUCCUGUCAGUCCAGGGUGUCCCAGACACCUUCCAGGACUUCAACUGGUACCUGGGGGAGGAGAUGUAUGGAGGCACGAGGCUAUUUACCUACAUCCCUGGGAUACAACGGCCCCAGAGGGAUGGCAGUGCCAUGGGACAGCGAGACAUCGUGGGCUUCCCCAAUGGUUCUAUGGUGCUGCGCCGCACCCAGCCUACAGACAGUGGCACCUACCAAGUAGCCAUUACCAUCAACUCUGAAUGGACUAUGAAGGCCAAGACUGAGGUCCAGGUAGCUGCUGCAAGCAAAUGUCAACCAGAGUUGCUAUCUCAUUUGAGGCUCAACUGAAGAAGAAUCUACUUGGAAACCAGGGUGUUGGUAAGCGAGGAGACCACCCCUUGUAUUGUCUUAUGCCCAAUUUCUGCCUCCAAAGAAAGAAGAAGUAAAAACUAAAAGGCAGAAAUGAAAUCCACAGGCAGACAGCCCAGUGCCACACCUUGGGCCUGGUAGUUAACGAUCGACCCCUGACCUAACUGGUUAUGUUAUCUAUAGAUUCUAGACAUUGUAUGGAAAAGCACUGUGAAAAUCCCUGUCCUGAUCUGUGCCAUUCUGAUUACUGGUAUGUGCAGCCCCAAGUCAUGUACCCCCUGCUUACUCAAUCAGUCACGACCCUCUCAUGCAGACCCCCUUAGAGUUGUAAGCC